AUGGCGUUGGCGGUAGCUGUGGGAUUUGCGACAAUGACACAUUGGUUGGCUUCCAUGGUUGAAAACCGUGAGCCAGUGUCUAAUGAUAAUCGAGAAUUGGCCGACGUGGACCCCCCUGCAUCUCUUCUUUCAUCAGCUGAAUCAUCGUCAGCUUCCAUGGUUGAAAACCCUGAGCCAAUGCCGGAGGAAAAUCAAGAAUUGGUCCCCUCUACAUCUCUUUUAUCAUCAGCAGCUCCUUGGCAGAAGUAUGACGUUUUUCUGAGUUUCAGGGGUGCAGACACUCGUAAGGGUUUUGUAUCCCACUUACACCAUGAAUUGCAGACUGUGAGAGGGAUUCAAACAUUCAAGGAUGACAAAGAUCUUGAAACAGGAAGCCCUAUUUCUUCAAGUCUGCUAAAGGCAAUCGAAGAAUCAAAUUUUGCAAUUGUUGUUCUGUCGGAAAACUAUGCUCAUUCUGCAUGGUGUUUGGAGGAACUUACAAAGAUUUGUCAAUGCAUGAAAGACAAGAACAGAAUCCUACCCCUGUUUUAUUAUGUCCAACCAAGUGAUGUGCGGCAUCAAAAUGGGACUUUCGGAGAUGCUUUAACUAAGCAUGGAAACUUGGGCCGGCACAAUUCAGAGAAGGUGCAGCGGUGGAGGGAUGCUUUACACAGAGUGGCCGGUUUCUCUGGGCGUAAUGCACAAGAUUUUCAGACUGAAAGAGAUCUUGUCGAAGCCAUUGUGGAUACUGUGGGCAGUAAAGUACGACCUAUUGAAACUGAGUUUAUUAUUUCCUCGAUCCAUUUUGAACCAUUUCAAGCAACAAGAGAAGCCAUGGAUAAAGUAAUGGAGGCGCUAAAAGAUGAAAACAUCACUAUCAUUGGGGUUUACGGAAUUGGAGGUGUUGGAAAGUCAACAAUGGUGGAACAUGUUGGUUUAGAAGCCCAAAAAAAAGGCUUUUCCCUCAGGUGA